AAAAGCUGCCGCCCUUAUCGAUAGCAAAAAGUGGUUUGCGAACAAUCCACCAGCACCACACGACUGCGAUCCUGACGACUGCGCGAGCCAUUACUUUCACCCUCCAACGCUACAUCGCUAGAAACGUAGCGAAACACAAGGAGCUUCAUAGACGACUGAAGCUCGCCGACGAGGGUCCCAGGACCGCGUGCAACCAUGGGUGUCGCGAAGAGAACGCGCAAGUUUGCGCAGACGAAGAGGAUCGUUGGUCAACGAGAUGCUCGACUUAAGAAGAAUCAAAUGGCUGGUGAGAUAGAAGCAAAGAAGAAGGAGGAUGAAAACAAGGCAAAGCGAGAAAUCCCACAAGUCUCCUCGGCCCUCUUCUUCCAAGCCAACACUGCCCUCGGCCCGCCCUACUCCGUCCUCGUGGACACCAACUUCCUCUCUCACACGGUGCACGCCAAGCUCGAACUCGACAAGGCCCUCAUGGAUCUUCUCUACGCCAAGGCCACUCCAAUUAUCACGACCUGCGUUAUGGCUGAGCUCGAGAAACUCGGCCCAAAAUACCGUAUUGCGCUCAGGAUCGCUCGCGACGAGAGAUGGCAGCGCCUCAAGUGCGAACACAAGGGCACUUACGCCGAUGAUUGUAUUGUGGACAGGGUCCAGAAACACAGAAUCUACCUGGUCGCGACAAACGAUAGGGAUCUCAAGAGGCGCAUAAGGAAGAUUCCUGGUGUGCCGAUUGUUAGCGUUGCAAAGGGCAAAUACGUUAUCGAGAGGUUGCCAGACGUGCCUGAUAGCCAUUAAGCUGGGGACAAGGAUAAUGCGAAUAGGGCCAAAAUGGGUUAUAUGCAUAGCGAAAGGCGUUCAGGUCAUACCAAGCAGUCGAUGCUAUCUCAACAAGUAUUUCCACAAUCAUCGAAAGAAAGAAUGAAUCAUCAGCUC